CGCCAUUUUGAAAAAGUGACGGGAAUUUUCAGUGAUGAUUUUCUAGUUUUAGCAUAAUCAAGACGAGACCUAAAUCAAUAAACUCAAGAAACUUAAAAUGGGAUCCAGAUCACACAAUCCAAUGCUAACGAGCAUGAUUCAGGAUGCCAUCUUGAAACUAUGUACUCAGAAUAUGACUUUUGCAAAGUCCCUUGAAAUAGAUGGCAUUAUAUGUGUAUCACAGGGAGAGCAGCUUCCAGAAAUAGUCGUGAAAAUGCAUAGAACAAUCGUAAAACCACCAGUUAAUCGAGAACAACCAGUAGUUUCGAAUUCCUGGACAUAUGCAGAUAACACCUUUCAAGGAAACAUGUAUCCUCAAGUCAAUACAUUAACUCCACAAACUACUCAAAAGGACUUUACAGAUCAAACCCCCGCCCCAAAUACUUCAUACUCCUCCACUCCGGGUAUAGCAGAGAAUCUCAACAUGACCCCAUCUACAAGUAGACAUGACACACCAGAAACUCAAUUGCUGACUUAUGAACAUACAUUACCAGAGGCAACUCAAGUGACCCCCGGUGGUAAUGUUGCAAAGGAAGUCACAAAUAUAAAAGUUGAGGCUUCUACAAAUAAGAGGCCAAGCAUUACCCAAUAUGCAGUAGAAGAUCCCCCUCCGAAAAAACAACUCAAACAAGAAAUAAAAGAAGAACCCAUUACACUAGAUCUAGAUGAUGAAGAUGAUGUUGGGGGUUAUGAUGAGGGUGGUGGAGUUGAUAUGGGUGAUAGUGAACCUGGUGAAUCCACUGCAGGGAAUAGCUGGAUGCCGGAUGCCGCAGAUCCAGAUUACACGUUAGAUGAUUCACAACUAGAAGGAGAGAAACAAACAGUUGUUGGACCAGUCGUUGAAUAUGACAGGGCAGCUUCUGAUGAAAUAAUGAAAAUAGAAGAGCAAAAGGUACCAGCCACAGGAAAAAAGCCUAAACGGGGAUAUAAUAAGUACACCCCAGAGCAAAAGGCUGAGAUGGGUAAAUAUGCAAGGGAAUUUGGAAGUACGGCUGCAGCUAAACAUUUUUCUAAA